CCCUCCCCGCCCCCCUCACCCUGCCUGAAGCCCCUUGGGGGUGAUGUCGGCGGCCACGGGGCCGGGCAGUAGCCCCCGCGGUGGUGUCGGUGGCCCCGCGGGUUGUCGGUAGCCCCGUGGUUGAUACCAGUAGCCCCACGCAUUGUCAGCGGUCCCGGGGCAGUUGGUGGCUUCAUGUCGGACAUCGCUAACCCCGCGGGCAAUGAGCAGUCCUGUGGGCGCUCAAGUAGCCUCGUGUCCAAUAUCAGUAGCCCCACAGGCAGUCGGUAGCCCCAUACCCGCCAUCGGUAGCCCCGUGGGCAGUCCGCAGUCCCGCGGGAGGUCAGUAACCCCGAACCCAACAUCAGCAGCCCUGCGGCUGAUACCGCCACCCCACGCCCAACACCGGUAACCCCACGGGAGGCCACCGGCCUCGUGGCUAUCGGUAGCCCCUGUCCCGCAGCCGCGGUCAUGGCGGAGAACGACGUGGACAACGAGCUGCUGGACUACGAGGAUGACGAGGUGGAGAACGCGGCCGGGGCGGACGGCGCCGAGGCGGCCCCCAAGAAGGACGUGAAGGGCUCCUACGUGUCCAUCCACAGCUCGGGCUUCCGCGACUUCCUGCUCAAACCCGAGCUGCUGAGGGCCAUCGUGGACUGCGGCUUCGAGCACCCCUCCGAAGUGCAGCACGAGUGCAUCCCCCAGGCCAUCCUGGGCAUGGACGUGCUGUGCCAGGCCAAGUCCGGCAUGGGCAAAACGGCCGUGUUCGUGCUGGCCACCCUGCAGCAACUGGAACCAGUCACCGGCCAGGUGUCGGUGCUGGUGAUGUGUCACACACGGGAACUCGCCUUCCAGAUCAGCAAGGAGUACGAGCGCUUCUCUAAAUACAUGCCCAGCGUCAAG